AUGACGACAUACGACGAGUAUGGCGUUCCCGUCGGCGCAUACUCUGAGCCGGAAAGCCUGACCUACCAAGCGUGGCGGGUCGCGAGGGCAUUCUACUUGUACCGGAUACGGCCUGCAGUGCAGGAGCGGAGGAAUGCGCUGCGCAGUGCAAACUGGAGUGUCAGGCAGCUCUUUACUCUUGUGAAUGCGCUGGUCGUAUCGUGGUGGAUAGUCUUGUACUGGGGCGAACGCGGCGUCUUCAACAGCGCCAUCGAGAGCUGCCAUUGGGACCAGUGGGAAGACUGGGAAGCGGGCGCAAAUCCCCAUAGACUCAUCUUCGUCGCCGACCCGCAACUCAUCGAUCCGCAUACGUAUCCUGGCCGCCCCUGGCCGCUCAACCCCCUUGCCUACAAAUACACCGAUCUCUAUCUACGCCGGACGUACUCGCGCUUUCAGACCGUCCUGUACCCCGACACCGUCUUCUUCCUCGGCGACCUGUUUGAUGGCGGUCGCGAGUGGUCGACGCGCACGACCAAGUCGCCCGAGGAGCAGUACCGCAAGUAUGGCGAUGACUUUUGGAUGAACGAGUACAUGCGCUUCGGGGACCUGUUCUUCAAGCAUUGGAGCGAUGCGGGCAUGGAGCCGCGGCCUGGACAGCCAGGCAGGAAGCUCAUCAGCAGUCUGCCUGGAAACCACGACUUGGGCUUUGCACGGGGUGUUCAGAUGGGGGUCCGAGAUCGAUUCAAUGCAUACUUUGGCGACGGAAACAGGAUCGACGUCAUCGCCAACCACACGUUUGUCUCCAUCGACAGCGUAUCGCUGAGUGCGUUUGGCCAGGAGUCUCCGCAGGAGGUAGAAAAUAUCUGGAAACCUACAAAAGACUUUCUCGGGGAUGCAAAGAAGCGCAAGAGACGGCUCGUACAGCGCGAGUUGCGCGCCCAGCAGGGCCUAAAGCCAUACCCAGGAAUGCCGCACUACGACAUUGAACUGAAGGAUUUGGCAAAGUCUGAGCUGCCACACGCAAAUGACGAGGUGACGGAGUUUCCCACGAUUCUUCUCUCACACGUCCCGCUGUACCGCCCGCCAGGCACGCCCUGUGGCCCGUUUCGCGAACACUGGCCGCCGACCCCGCCGCCAGCCGGCCAACCGCCCCUCGAACACGACGACCGCAAUGCCAUUUCCGUGCGUGGCGGAUACCAAUACCAGAAUGUGCUUAAUCGCGAGAUCACGGCCGAGAUUGCUGAGAAGGUGGGAGAUAUCCGGUAUGCCUUUUCUGGUGACGACCACGACUACUGCGACGUAGUGCACAAGGCGUAUGCGAGCGCUGGUGGCGGCAUCCGCGAGAUUACUGUCAAGAGCAUUAGCUGGGCCAUGGGCGUCCGACGCCCUGGCAUCGUAAUGCUCAGUCUGUGGAACCCCGUCGACAAGCACGGCAAGCCGCUGAAGGGCGAUGGCAGCAAAACCGUCCAGACCAAGCUGUGUCUCCUCCCGGACCAAAUCGGAACCUUUUUGAAAUACGGCAUGCUCUUUGGCCUCACCCUGACUCUUCUAGUCUUUCGAGCUGCUCUUAUUACUCUAGGCAUCCUUUCCAAUGGCCCCUCCGCCCAAGACACGCCCCUACUCCCCACCACCAACAACCCCAAUUCCUCAUCCCUCUCCUCCGCCGAGCACGAAAAAUCCCACCCCCAAUACGUAAACCACACCGACACCACACACUCAUCCAACUCGUCCACCUCCUCGGAACGCGGCACAACACACCUUUCCGUCCGCUCAACCACCCAAGGCCGAACACGCGCAGCCGCCGCCGCCACUACCACCACUACUACUUCCCCACAGAAUGCAUCCAGCUACGGCCUACCCCCUCCCUCCCCUCAGCACGACCCCCAUCACCCCCACCACCAACCCAAAUACAACUUCCCUCUCGUCCAACACGCAGGCUACAACCCAGACCUCGACUACGAAGACCAGCACCGGAAAGCCAAAUUCCACUCCCGACUCGCCGCUUCUCCACUCGUCCAAUCCAAUGUCUCGAGGUCCACCACUACACCGCCCAAACUCCGCUCUACUACCCGGAGAAAAGGCAUGCCGCUUUUCUGGUACCAUUUUCGAUGCAGCUUCGCGCUCGUCGUCGCCUCGGGCCUCGUGGCAUAUGCUUGGUUGCUUUGCUCCGCCUGA